UCCGUGGAUUCAGCUCGUGUGAAAGGGGCUUUCAGAGCUUUGGUUGAUUGCUAGGGGGCCAUUUCUUGGGGCUUCCGAGUCUUGGGCACCCCACCUCUUCCUUCCCCUUCCAUGGGAGCUUCGAAGCUGCUGGAUCUCUGCAAGUGACCAUGAGUCAGAGUUUUGACAUCAACGAGCUUCGUGAGGAAGCAAGGACUAGGUGGUUAAAGCCUUCUGAAGUAUACUAUAUCCUGCAGAAUCACAAGAGGUUCCCGAUCACCCAUGAGGCACCGAAGAAGCCACCCAGUGGUUCACUAUUCCUUUACAAUCGACGUGUGCAUCGGUUUUUCCGAAGAGAUGGCCACACAUGGCGGAGAAAGAAGGAUGGAAGAACUGUUAGGGAGGCUCAUGAACGCUUGAAGGUUGGAAAUGUCGAUGCUCUGUGUUGCUAUUAUGCUCAUGGUGAGCAAAAUCCAUGUUUCCAGAGGCGGUGUUUCUGGAUGUUGGAACCUGCAUAUGAGCACAUUGUGCUGGUACAGUAUAGAGAGGUGGCUGAGGGCAGAUAUUAUUCAUCACAGCUGUCGAAUGGGCCACCAGAAUCUCUUUCAUCUUUGGGAUAUCCACAUGCCAUCUAUGGAAACCAAUAUCUCAGCUCUACUUCUGGCACUAGUGAGGGCAGUGAAUCCCAUCAGAGCUAUUCUAAUUUGAGUUCUGUAACUGAAGUAAGUUCCUAUUCUGGUAACAAAGAGUACAACAAAGAUGGUGGCAGUUUACUAAGCAUACCAGAGCUUGGACAGACUUGUCUGGAACAAACUACAGAAGUUUAUCGGGCUGAUAAUGAUAAUUCAAAAAAUAAGUCUGGGCUUAAUGUGGCUUUGAAGAAGAUAGCUGAGCAGUUAAGUUUGGGUGACGAUGAAGAUGACUAUAUUUACACAAAUCAAGUUCAGCCUUUGGGAUUCGCUACAAAUAUUGAGGCUACAGAUAAGAAGGAUGACAACCAAAUAGGUUUAGGCAGGAAUAUAGCACCAUCAUGGGAAGAUGUGUUGCACUCCAGUUCAGGCUUGCCAACUCCAUCUAUAUACCAGGUUGAGAAAUCGCAGUCUAGUUUUUAUGAGGAUUUACAGGCAUGGUUUGCCAUGGAAAAUCGGUUCGGAGAAGGCCUAGGCCACCAUGCAUGCAUGCAACAGGUUGGUCCUAAACUUCUUGGUAGAAAUGAUAUGAGGCAAAUGAUUAUGGAAAAAUUAUUAUUGGAUAGAAAUGGUGGACGUAACUGUACUGUAAUUUGCAUAAAUGCUGGGAGUGGUCAUGGCAAGACUUCACUGCUCCAUGCCCUUUACAAUGACCAAGUAUUGACUGAUACUUUUGACAAAAGCAUAUGGAUACAACUUUCUGCUAAAUCAGACAUGUUAAUGCUAUUUAAGAAGAUUGUUGAGGUUGCCAUGAAUGACCAUUGCAGCAUUGCGAACCUCGGGUGUCUUCAAGAAAUGGUUAAGGAAGAAAUUUCAGAUAAGAAAUUCUUGCUUUUCUUGGAUGAUGCAGAUAUAGAGGACCGGCAAUUUUGGAGUACUGUAUUAGAGGUUUUUAAUGCCGGUGCCAAAGGAAGUGCUGUUAUCAUGGCUACAAUGAGUGAUACUGUUUCUACUUUUAGAGAUGUGGCAACACACUUCCUUUUGUUAAAUCCUUUAUCUGAAGAAAGCAAUCUGAUGCUUCUCCAACAAUGUGCUGCUGUGGGCACUGAUAUCCAGAGCAAUCCUGAUUUACUGAUGGUUGCUCACAGGAUCAUUUCCAGGUUUGGAGGUAAUCCUCUGUACUUGAAGGCUAUUGGUGGUCUUCUAUGCCAUGCAGACAGUUCAUUAGAAAUCGAUAAGUUUGAAGGAAAUGGUAUGCCUUUACAGCUUUGCCACGAUGUUUUGCCUAUCCAUCUGAAGAAGUGCCUCGCAUUCUGUUCUUUGUUCCCCCAUGGUUACAUAUUUCAUAAACAUCACAUGGUCCCCCAAUGGAUAUCUCAUGGUUGUGUUAGGCCUGCUGAAGGUUGUGAACUCGAAGAUGCCGGAAUUGGAUAUUUCAACGAAUUGUUGUGCAGAUCCUUCUUUCAAUAUUCACCUGUUCACAAUGACAGGUUUGUGAUGCAUGAGAUUAUAUACAAGGUGGUAGAGUCUGUCUCUCUUGACAAAUAUUUCAAGUCUGAGGAUCCCACAAGCAGCAUACCAGAAAAUAUUCUUCAUUUGUCACUUGUUUCCUCUCAAUUCCAGACUAUUGAACUGAUGUACAGAACAGAAGAGUUGAAGGUUUUGCAGACAUUCCUGGUGGUGCAACCUGAGUGGCAACCGUGCAAGAUUUCUUUCCCCACCUUAAAACUUGUCGGUUUAGAUGAUUUCUUUCUGAAGUUCACAUCCUUAGAGACGCUGGAUUUGAGCCAUACUGACACUGAAGAGCUUCCAGGGUCCAUUGUUGGCCUGAGAAACCUGCAGUACUUAUCUGUCAACAGCACAAGCAUCAGGGCUCUUCCAUCUGAGCUCUGCUGCCUCAGCAAUCUCCAGACACUGGAAGCAAAAGACUGCCGCUUCCUCACUGAAUUACCUGGGGACACAAAGAAGCUGAUUAAGCUGCGCCAUCUUGAUGUGACCAAAGAUCUGGGCUACGUUCAAUUGCCACAUGGAGUAGCACAGCUGACUGAGCUCCGGACACUGCCAGUCUUCCAUGCAAGCAGUGACCCGUCGCACUGCUGUGUCAGUGAGCUGGGAAACUUGCACAAUCUGAGGGGUUGCCUUCAGCUUUCAGGACUUGAAAGUGUCAAAACUGGCAGCAAGGCCCAGGAGGCUAACCUGAAGGAUAAGUAUCACCUAAAGGAUUUGACACUGCAAUGGCACGGUGGUGGCAUCAACGUUGAUGAUGAAGACGAUGACGAAGACACUGAAGAUGUGGCUGAGCAGGUCCUUGAAAGCCUCCAGCCGCACACCAACCUUCAAGAGCUCACAAUUAGAGGCUACGAAGGUAGCGCGUUUCCAGAUUGGAUGCAGGGUUCUUCUUCUCUACCUAGUUUGGUCACGCUGACACUCGAUGGCUGCUGCAACUGCACCCGAUUCCCCACCAUCGCCCAGCUGCCAUCACUCAAGUUCCUGAGCGUACGGAAGAUGUACGACGUGAAGAGGCUAACCAGCAACACACAUGGCACGACCAAGUUCCCAUCUCUGGAGCUGCUAAACCUGUGGGAGAUGUACGGUCUAGAAGAGCUGUUCGAGGCAUCCGAAGGCGACUGCCCUCGCCUGCGCAAAGUCUGCAUCAGCAGGUGCCCGGACCUGAAGAGGCUGCCCUGUGCCCCUUCUUUGACCGAGCUCGUUCUCCACUGCGGCCACCAGCUCCCCGACAUCCCGGAGCUCGCGUCCCUGGUGUCGCUGAAAAUCGAAGGCUUCCACGGUGUCAAGUCGUUCAGCCUGCCGGCAUCCGCAGCGCUGCCGAUGCUCAAGAAGCUGGAGAUCAGGUCCUGCAAGGAGCUCUCGUCGGUGGAGGGGCCGUCGGCGCUGACCACCGUUCAGAGGCUUAAGGUAGCAGGGUGUCCCAAGCUUGUCCUGCCAAGAGCUGAUAGCCUGAGAACCUGAAGCAAAAGAAGUGUUAUCGGCCUAGUUGCUCAUCAAUUGGCCAUGCCUCCUGAGUUCUGGACUGACUGAUUGCAGGAGCCACUAGCAAUCUGUGAGUUCGUCGAGGGGACAAUUGGUACCCUCCAGAGUCCAGAGUCCAGAGUCCAGAGUCCAGAGUCAUGAGCCACGUCUGGUGAAGAAGAUCCGAUGGCCUCUCGCACGUUCAUUCCCUUUUGCCGCAUGGAUGAAAUCAGCAACAAGACCAGAAGGGAGCACGUGGUGAGACCCAGGGAGAGCGGCGUCGAUCCUAAGCUACUACCAAUGCGAUUCUUUUUGACGAGAUGACUUGUUCAGAGCCAGGAAUCGCUUGGCAAGCACAUCGCUGACCAUGAAUAUCCCACUGAGCUAUGCUGGAAGGCAAGCACGAUCAGAUUCAGAGGACGCCGCAUGGUGGUGGUGCAUCGUGCACGGGGACCCAAGAUUCGUCGUCGGCCCACUCGCUCCAUGUGGCCGGCAACCUUCUUGCUUUGUUCAUGCCGAGUUUGUUAGUCCCCGUGGCAAGUGCGCCGGGGGCAUGUGAUCGGUCGAAGAACACAUGCACCACCACGGGAAGAUUUGAAAAGGUAUUCCUUUCCUUCAGGUGGCACGUGCUCCCUGACGUUGUCCUUUGCUUGCGGCAUGCUGUUGUUGUGCGGAAAAUGGGAGGGAGGCAGGUCGCUGUGGUUGUCGUCAUCCGGCAAGUCAGAUGGGGAGAUGGGGAAGAAAGCAUUGCUGGACAUGGCUUUCGGUUUCAGCGUCGGCGUCCACCUCUCCCUUUCGGAGUUAUUCCUCUGUUGGUUAAGGGUGGAGAGACGCAGGGAAUGGCGACUGCCAUUAGAUCUUGCAAGCCGGGAGAGCCGAGAGCCUGCUGGUUCAUUUAUCUUCGUGGUAAAGCAAGCUGAUGCUCAGGUGGUGGUAAAAACGAGUGAAUUUCGUGCAUGAUCGAACAGUAAAUUCAUUUUCCUUUUUGUUUGCGAACGAUUGAGCAGUAAAUUCAUGCUAAAAUUAUGAUGUCUUUGAUUUCGUACG